GUCGCCAUUCACACACAGACGCUGUACUACCAGGCGGUCACCGCUACUUGUUAUUGUGAAAUGGAGGCUCACGCUCGGUUCCUGGCGCAGCAGGAGGCCGUCCACCGGGAAGCUCAGCGCAUCGCCUCUCUGUCCGCCAUGAAGCUGUUCCGUUCCCGCGUCCAGCGAGGAGGCAUGCGGCUGCACCGCUCCUUACAGCUGGCCCUGGUGAUGAAGAGUGCCCGGGAGCUCAUCAUCUCCUCCGCGCAGGCCCCGCACACCAAGCCGCUCCCCGCCACCGUCCCGAUGGAGGUUACCAGAGAGAGCCGGAAGAGGAGGUCGUGCGGCUCCCGGUUACCGGAGGCCGUGCUCCCCAGCAAGCGUGCCUGCCUGUGGCAGGAGACCCCGCACCCGCAGCCUCAGGGGGGCGCCUUCCCCGGCCUGGCCGAGGUGUUACAGCAGCUGCUGCUCCGGACUGUGCCGCCUCUGCCGGGCGGAUGCCGGACCGCCGGGGCGGACAACAUGGCCGGAGUCCACGCCAGAGUCCUGGAGGCGUUCUGAGGGUCCCGCCGGACAUUGCUCCACCAGGUGCUGCCCCCCCCGAGGGCUGCGAACCAGGAUCUGCUCCAGGCAAGAGCGGGUUAACCCUGCCGCACCGCGCCGGCCUCCCGGACGUGCUGGUGACUCACGGAGGAGUCACCGAGGAGCGGACUGUGACUGGACGAUGCGUCACCCGAGAGCACGGUGACGUCACGGACCCGCCGGUCCCGGACUAUUCCCCUUCUGUGAAGGACUGAUGGCUGCUGCCGAGCCGCGGCUCCGGACUCGUUAGACUUGUUUCCUGUCAGUAUUAAAUGUCGUUUUCUUAUUUAAUUUUCA